AUGAAUCAAAAGAAAACAAUUCCAACAUUAAUUGUUCUUGGUUCUGGUGGUCAUACAACGGAAAUGUUUCGUCUAUUAUCAGGCACUGAUUUAAAUAUAUAUAAACCAAGAUAUUAUACAAUUGCAACUACAGAUAAAAUGAGUGCAAAGAAAAUGAAUGAAUUCGAAUUAAAUACUUUAAAAGAUAUGGAUGUAUCAUUUAUCAAUCGAAGUCGUCAUGUUGGUCAAAGUUAUUUUAGUUCAAUAUUUACAACUCUUUGGGCGUUUUUUACAGUUAUUCCAAUAGUUUAUCGUGUUCGACCUAAACUUAUUCUUGUGAAUGGACCUGGUACAUGUAUUCCAAUUGUUAUAGCAAGUUUGUUAUUAUGGGUUUUAUUUCUUAUCAAUCGACCGAAAAUUAUUUUUGUUGAAAGUAUAUGUCGUGUGCAAUCUUUAUCAUUAACUGGUAAAAUUCUUCAAUAUCUACCUGUGCAUAUUCUUGUUCAAUGGCCACAAUUAACUGAACAUUAUCCAAAAACGCAAUAUAUUGGACGACUUGUUUAA